GGCGUAUUGUUUGUGCGUGACGUCACCACCACCAUGGCGACUGACAGGCGGAGAUGCACGCUCUUCCUCCUGCUCGUGGUGUCCAUCUUCAUUGGCCAGACCACCGCCAAGUCCGGCCUCGUGGAGCUCGAUGAAGAUAACUGGCACCGGAUGCUUGAGGGGGAGUGGAUGGUGGAGUUCUUUGCUCCGUGGUGUCCAGCAUGCAAGGCACUGAAGCCUAUUUGGGCAGACUUUGCCAGCUGGAGUGAUGACUUGGGGAUCUCUGUGGGCCAGGUAGAUGUCACUACCUCCCCAGGACUUUCUGGCCGCUUCAUGGUCACUGCCCUCCCCACUAUUUACCAUGUGAAGGACGGAGUAUUCCGUCAGUACCGAGGGUCAAGAGACAAGGAUGAGUUCAUGAGCUUCAUUGAGGAGAAGCGCUGGGAGGAGAUAGAGGAAGUCCCCGCGUGGAAAUCUCCGGCCUCCAUGCAGAUGUCCAUAGUAGCUCAAUUUUUCAAGUUGUCCAUGGUGUUGCGCUCUGUACACUCUGUGCUGGUGGAGGAGUAUGGCCUUCCCACCUGGGGCUCCUACCUGGUGUUUGCCCUGGCCACCAUUCUGGUCGGUGCACUUCUUGGCUUGAUUUUGGUAUGCAUCAUAGAUUUUGUGUUCCCACCAAAGGCACCAGGACCUUCCACAGUGGUCACAAGUGCAGGACAGAAGGUAGAUGAUGAUGAAGAAGAUUUGGUUGAAGAUUCAGAAGUCAAAGCAGAAUGUAACAUGAAAGAAGAAGUGGCCGAAGCAGAGCCUCUCCAAGGAAAUAAGAGUGACAAUGAGGCAGAGGAUGAAGAGAAAAAGUCAGCAAGUGAUGGAGAAGGCAGGGAGGAUUCCCAAGCUGAAGAGGACAAGGAUUCCCAGGCUAGUGAGGAGGAGGAGGAAAAGGAGGAGGAAUGCCAGGAAGGCCUCAAAAGCUCCCCAGAGGUUCGCCGCCGCCGUCCCAGGAGAGACUAGUAGAUUUGACACCUUAGGCUCCUAUAUGAAUAUUAUUACUUCCACUUUGUUGAACAAAUAACCCUUGUAGGCAGAACCCUAAUGUUUGGCUAUAUCUUUGCUUGAGUGAGAUAAAAGCAUCUUAUUUGACAAGAUCAUUUAAAUUCAGCCUUUAAGUAAAUGUUUUCCUGUGAUUGAGUAAUGUGUUUUAAAACAUUCAUUUUAAGGGAAACCUGUAGCAUAGUGUGUAAUAAUGACUAUAAAUUUGAGGUUGUACUAUAUGACAACAAAUAGCUUGUGCAAGUUAUAGCAGGAUAAAUAUAUAUGGUUCCAAGAAUUUUAAAAAGUUCUUGCAGUCCUGAUAGUACCUUUUGGUAAUGUUUAGUUUAUUGAGUGAUGCUUGGAGAGUUCAUAAGGUAAGUUUGAUAAUCAUGAAUGCAUUAGAAACAAAGGAAAGAUGUCAACUAAACACCAGCACACUAAGUAUACAAAUAUUUGCUCAUUGUUAUUUAGCUUUUGAUCAACAACUUUAUAUGAGGUGCUACCCUAAAUUUCCCAAAAUGUAUUUUAUAAAACAGAUAACACUACAAAUCUAAAUUGUUACAGUCCACUUCACAGCAGUUCCCCAUGUAAUAAUAUACACAUUUAAUCCAAUUUUCUAACAUUUGUAAUUUGUUUGGGAAGUCGUUCAGUAUCAACACCUUUCGUACCUUCUGUGAGUAGGCCUGGGUACUCAUCUCUGGUAUCAAAUUUUUCCCCAUUCAUUGCCAUCUUAGGCCCCCCUCCACAUUAUGAGGCAGUGCCCUACGAGCAAACACUUACCAAAUCGUGUUCUAAUACACAGAUUUGGAUGGUGGGUGGUGUGCAUGAGAGACAUCAUAAGGAGGGAAACCAUGACUAAGCCAUCAAAAUACCCUUACUUGCCUGUCCACACUAUUGAGGAAUGCCCAACAGAACAGGCUUUGCCAGUUUCCUGGGUUAAGUUUGUAUGUUGUACACUCAAACAUCAGAUCUCAACUCCACCUGGGUCAGGGCCCAGAGAUUUGGAGAGGCUCAUUUUGUGGACAGCAGCACACUAAAACUAUCAUGAGGCCACACAUACAAGAAUACACAGGUUUCAAACCAUUACAAGCUUGCCUUCCAUCUGUCAUGUAUUUUUAUCUUGCUGCUUUAUGCUAUGUAAUAAUAUUUUGGUUGUGUGAAUAGCAUAUGAAAGUUUAUUGACCCAGGCAAGCCAGAGACUGGUGUUGGAGUGUACAACAACACACAUGAAUUGCCUGAUAAUAUGGAGGCAGAUAAACAACCAUUCAAUUAACAGAGCCUCAUAAAAAACAUGUCAACACUAUCAAGCACGAGUGAAACGCCCAUCAUUGUAAAUGUUUUUGCAACUUAGAUGGCUAAACUAGCAGGUAGCCCAUGCCCACAGUUAAGCAAAAUUACCAAUCACUGUUCAGUGAUUUAGUGCCGUGGACUGCCUACCCACAAUAGUUUGGAGAAUAUCACAGGCAUGCCCAACUGACUUUGUCUGUUAAGUGUGGAGCCUGCCAGGAAUUGCUCCAUUUGGUAACUGCUUGAGAAGUGAAUGAAAUUUGCUCACCAUGCAUUGCCUGCUGGGCACUGUUCAAUAAUGUGGACAGGCCACUAGGGAAGAGGAAGUAGUCAUGGAGCAAAGUCAGAUGAGCAAGGCCUCGUCCACAUAGGCAACCUUUGCUCAGCAAACUACUCGGUGUGACAUCAGAAACGGAGAAACUUCUAGCAAAGUUUCAUAAAGAUUUACCCUGUUGUUCAGCGACAUAUUGAGGCUUUGCCUAUUGGUUGUCAAGGUCAGGCGGUGGGUCUGGGAUGGAGGUUCCACCACCUGAAGGUGGUCCUUUCUUAUGUAGUUGGCAAAAUCUGCUUCUGGUUCAUGUUUCAAUUUCUGUGAUGUCACAUGAUUUAUGCUCUUCUUUGUAGCCACAGCAAACCCCGCGUAUGGCCACGUAUGAGCCAAAAAUCACAUGCAUGAGCAUACGUGGGAUUGAUAUGUGAAUGUGUGACCGAGGCUUAACUAAUUUUUCUUAUUUCACAUGACUGAAGUUGUUGAUGAACAACAUGUGGGUUAUUCUUGGCAAUUCAACAAUGAAGUCAAAAUGAUAAGCUAUCAGCAGAACUUAAGACCCUGUAUUCACAUCUAUGUGCUGCAUUUGAUUAGUCACCACCACACAGCCACUGCCCCCCUGGUUUGAAGCAAAACUAGAUACUUGUUAAGCUUUGUGAUGAUCACUACACUAUCUAGUCACCACAAUAACCUAUCCUGAGUACCUCCUGGCAUGCAUAAAUGCUAAAUUUAUGCCUUAAUGACCCCUGUAUCCUUAAGAAUACAAACUAUUUGUCACAAAGUUUAUCUCAUAUAAAAUUGUCUUACUGUUUAUCAUUCAUACCAAGUGGCACAGGAAAUGGAGUAUUUGCAUUGUACCCCAAAUUCAACUUGGCCAAAAGAAGCAAAUGUCUGAAUAGUCUAGCAAGUAUCCAUUAUGGUGGGUAAAUCUAUAGCAAUUAUUGAUUUGUGGUUAUGUUACAAGCAGAAUUCACGAUACGUUAUUGUGGUGUGACUAGAUAGUAUAGUGAUCAUCACACAAAAAGCUCUGUGAGGUUCCAGGCUCUGGUUCCAGCAGAUGCAACUUAGGCUGUGGUCCUUUCACAGCAUGCCACCAUUCCACAGGCAAGGAGCUGUAUUGUAAAAUGAGUUGUGAAUGGCUCUGAAAAAAAAGAAAAAAAAAGUCAUGGUUGAAACUUGCAUGUUAAAAGGUUAUGAGACUGCCAUGUGGGUUUAGACAAAAGAACCUGUGUGACAUUGUGUGGUCACAGCCUUAAUCUAACUCCUGCUCCAACCCUCAUCUGUGUCUACUCUUUGUGCAGGAGGACAACACCUUUUCCCAUACACUAACACAUUCUGGUGUUUAAUGCACCUCUGUUUCUUGAAUGUUGAAUUAUGUACUUAUAAUUUCCUUUGUCUCUAAUGUUCUCUCACCCAUUAGUCAAAAAACAUCUUACACGUAUCUAUAUGCCAAAGGUCCUACAGUGAUGAAUGUUUGGAACCAACGUGUGCUUUUAUCCAGCAGUUGACACUGUGAUAUAUACUCCAAAUUGAAAAUAUAGCAUGAUGUAUUUAUUUUCCUGCAGAUUUAGUGUUGCACAAUUCAGUUUUACCCACUAUUGGAGGAUUCUUCAGUAGUGAACUACUGAAUGUUGCUCAUAUAUAUUGUUUGUUGGGAUGCUCAAUGUUUGCCAGUUGUUAAAAACUGUACUUUCUGUACCUUACCAAAUAGUCUGAAAUAGAUGUAGGACAUUGAGGACAUUUACCAUUUUACCCUUGGAUAGGCCCCCAUGGUUCUUGUAUUCAGUUAUUUUUUACGGGUAGAGCUGUGUAAACUAAUUGAUAUAUCCUGCUCACAUGAAUAUUUGUUGAAAGUUCCUUACCUGUUGCUCUAUUAUUUUGGGGGAAAUGUUGUAAUAUUAUCUAAUUUUGACAAUGCCUGACUUACAAUAAGAGAAAGGGUAAGGCAGUCUACAAGUCAGCUUUAAAUAACCAAUGAGUAAAAGAUUCAAAAGGCA